AGGCAUAAAGUGGUAUUUUCCGCCAACAAAGUGAUUUGUAAAGAGCUAUUAGGUGAAAACUUGGCACAUCUCCACACCAUGUGCAGUCUGUCCCUAAAAAAAAAAGUGCUGAAAAAGAACUUGCACUGCUAAAAAAUGGAAUAAUGAACACAGAAAGGUGCCAUCAGAUUGUGGUACCAACAAUACAUCGCAAGCAUCAGACUGGAGACAGCUUGAUUUUUAAGCACGACAAAAAUCCCAAACACACUGCCAAUGCAUUAAAAGCAGUUUAAAAGGAGUUUCAGUAAACCCAUUUUCCUAGCAGAAUACAAAGAAUGAGGGGGGACUCAAGUAUUCUCAGGUUUACUGCUAUUGUAAGAGCUUUGUGUCUUUUGUGUUUUAAAAUUGACUCAGGAAUGACCCAGCAAAGUCAUGAUAUUCAAUACUAUAGCACGCAUUAGGGUGGCACACAGGUAAUGUGAUCUGGAACUUUUUUGUCAUGGAUCCUUUUGUACAAUUUGUACUUCUGUACAAAACACAGGGGGAAAAAAACACAUCUUACAUCAAAUAAGUAACUCGAUAUCCUAUAUCUGUGUCCAAAAUGCCAUAAAAGGAACGUUAGGGGAAGUUGAUGGCACGUUAAAGGCAGGGGUGUUUCCAACAGCACCAGUCCAGUGUGGCUUGUUGUGAACCUUUGCAUGCUGGUCAUCCACAAACCACAUAAACACCAUGACUUCUCUCCUGCUUGGAGCAGCGCUGCUGGGCAACUUGGGCAUCUGUGUCACAGCACAAGCGAUACUCCCUCGACCCACCCAGGUGAGGUUCGACUCAGUAGACUAUAAAAACAUCCUGAACUGGACUCCACCCACUACGAACUCUUCUCUGCAGUACAACGUCCAGUGGAAGAUUUAUGGCGAGCCUGAGUGGAUCGAUGUGCCAGACUGUCAGAGGAUCCGGAAGCACCACUGUGACCUCAGCGAAGUGACCUCUGAGCCCAGAGAGUGGUACUACGCCAGAGUUGGUGCUGUGUCUGUGGCCACCAGCAGCAAAUCAGCCUGGGCCCUCUCCCCCAGAUUCAGCCCACGGUGGGACACCAAAAUCAGCCCCCCUCUGCUGAGACUGAAUGUAACCGAACAACCAGCCAUUGUGGUCCGAGUGAAGCCCCCCCGAGAGCUGGUCCGGAAGCUGCACAGCAAUUUGUACUACAAGAUCUACUUAAUACACCCCAGUGGAGAAGAAGAGGUGUUUGACAUGAAGUGCUGUUCUCACAAGCUGACUCUGAAGGGCCUGAAUCACAGAGAAGAAUACUGCCUCCAAGCUCAGAUCGUCCUCCCUCUGCAGGGCAAGAACAGCGCCCGCAGCUCUCUGAAAUGCGUCACUACCCUCUGACAACACAGCGUCGGCCAUCCCUUCAGCUUUAAAUCUCCAUUGCUACCUCGACGGCCACAGCCACUCACAUCCAUGCCAGUAAAAGUGAUGCACUUUAUUGUAUAAAACAUUAAAGGUCUCAUAUGAAGGCAAACUUUCACCUUCACCGGAAGAGGAUUGCUUUUGUUUUUUUAAACUUAAGAGUAUUUUUUUAAAAUUUUUUCUAUUCAUGGCAAAAUAUUCUGAACUCAAGAGCCACCCGGUAGAUUCAUCUACUGAUCGCAGCAGUUUUUUUAUCUAACGGGCAGUCAAAAGUGGUGACAGGCAGCUUUUCCUCUCCAUAAAUCAUUAAAAAAACAAUCUGGUGUGCUCAUUCACACGUGGUCAAGAUAUAAUAUUUUCAACUUAUGUCUGUUUCCUCAUUCCUCUUGCAUGCAGGAUCAGCGAAUGCUGCUUUAACGUCUUUAAGAGAGCUUUUUGUAAAGAAAAAACUGCUAAAAGAAAACUAUGAGAAUGUACUGUGCCAAAUGUAUCACACUACAAAUAAAAUCCACUGUUGAAAUUGACCUCUGUCCUGUAAGUUCGACCCUUCGACCCUUUUUGUACAAACAGUAAAGCUGGUGGUGUUUUCGCA